AUGGCAAAGCGUCUCCUCCUCCGCCUAGGUACCUCGCUCUUAUUUUCCUCUGCUCGGCCCCUCUUCCCUUGUGUAGUGUUUGCAAAUCUCUGACGAGGAUUUCUGUUGCGAAUGUGGAUCGCUUUUUUCCCCACUUUGAACGUAAUAUGUGAAGAGGAACAGAACACUCGAUGUGUUCCUCAUUUUCAUAUUAGUGUGGAUGGAAAACGCGAUAGAAAAUAUGGUAUGGGGAUUGUGACGCACAAAACUGAAGGAAUCCGUUUCUGAAACUUGUUUAGUUACGAUAUCUUCUUAAAUAUGCAGAGAGUAGUGUAAGCUCGAUCAGAAGGCGGGAUUCGUAUCAACAAGUUGUAUCUAGCACCUUCAGCCGAUGCCUGUUUCAAAAUUCUGAUUCUGGAGGAGGCGUGAGAGCAGGAUCUGAUUUGACAGAGGGACGCGAAGUGCCACAGUCUCCUGGGGUAACCAAAUUGACUGAAAUAAAAAAUUAUGAUUCUGAAUACAUCGCUGAUAGUUCAGAUAAGGAUGACAUGAGUAGUUGGAGAUGGAAAAUUGAACUUCACUGGAUUACUAAAGCUCUUGAGCCUGCAAUGCAAUUGUACAAGUGGGCAUCUGAAGCAGGUUUUGUCUUGCCAUCUCUUUUUCAGCACUGUUUAAGUGCUAACUGAGAGAUCAAUCCUCAAAUUCUAAUUGGUUAAUAUUCUUAUCUUUGCAUGGCAUGAUACCGCCUUUGAGUAAUAAUUCAUUGAGUUUUGCACAUCCUCUGUAUGUUUCUGUAUUUCUAUAGGGGCUAAUUUUUCAGUGCUCCCAUUUCUCUUGUCACUUUGAUUGACACAACGGUCUGCUGUUGUGGUCUUGAUUCUUCCCAUAUGUAGAGAAAGAUGGCCAGCAGAAAUCACCAUCCUACAGUCGUUCUCUGGCAGAGAUCUUUUCCAACCUUCAAAGAAGCAAAGCUGGCAUUCAGGACUGGAGCUUUAGUGACCUUACACUGGGUUUGUACCUCAUUUAUCUACGUCAGAGUUCUACUGAGAAAGCUGAAAGUAUCAAGGGGUUGCAGAUUUUUUCAGAUUCAUUUGUAAUUUCUCUAACUUGGGUUAUUUAAUCUUAUAUUGUCUUGUUAUUGCCAAGUAGAUUCAUUGUGACGGUGUAUCGUCAUAUUUUUAUUCCCUGACUGCAUGCAGUUGGGCAGAAAAUGGCUUGCAAUCACUGUGGCUGAUAUUGUCCAAAAUAACCGGCUGAUAACCUUGUAGAUAUUCCAAUUACCUUUUUUUUCCUUAUCUUGUUCCUUUUUCACUUUUCCCUUCUCGAUGGAUGAUCCAUGGUUAUAAGAUCUAUUUGAUUUUAAUGAACAUUGCUCUGGGAAACCCCUGUCCAAAGUUUAGGGAAUAUGCAAGUUUUCUAGAUAGGUGAAUAUGAAUGGGUAGGUUGACAAAAGCUCUCGGAAUUGUGGUGUUGUUGUUUAGUCUGAAGGGCUCAAUUUUGUAUUGGAUUAUCUUGAUACGGCUCGUCGAAUUUAAAUUUAUUUUUUACUCAUUUGAUCUUACAGUAUUGUUUCUCUUAAAGCCGAUCUUGCAUGUGGAUAACCUUUCUUAGUCUGUGUUUCAUGACAUGCUGACUAAAAAGGCGCUGAUCUAAUUUUAGCUAUUCAAUGAUCUGCCCUCCUUAGGUUGAGGACCUUAUCUACCACGUGGAAUUGGCAAAAGGGGCUUACAAGGAAAACGCCGCAGGUCUUGCAAGGCACAGCAUGCUUCGAGAAACAAACAUUCUAAAGUUUGUUAAGGAUUCUAGUGUGAUGAGGCCUGGCUAUUAUAUUGGGAUUGAUGUCCGUAAUAAACUUGUGAUUUUUGGAAUUCGCGGAACUCAUACUGUUUAUGAUCUUAUUACUGAUCUGAUUACUUCGAGUGAUCAAAAAGUUGCGCUUGAAGGUUUCUCAACUCAUUUUGGAACUGCUGAAGCUGCCCGAUGGUUCCUCCACCAUGAACUAGGAACUAUAAAGAAAUGCUUGCAGAAGUACAAGGCAAGUGAUAAUUCUGUUGCCUCACAUGGUUUCUUUUUUCCCUUGGUCAGAACCUUAUUAUUUCCACAGCCUUGGUUCCUUCUCUAAAUAUUAACCUCAGUUCUGCUUGAAAUAAUCCAUCGUCUCCCAUGCAUGUCUCCCAUACAUGCAGGGAUAUAAGUUGAGACUAGUAGGACACUCCCUUGGGGGUGCUGCUGCAGCAUUGCUUGCGAUUAUUCUUCGGAAAAGAUCAGCAGAAGACCUUGGAUUUGAUCCUGCUGUCGUUUCCGCUGUUGGGUUUGGGACUCCACCUUGCGUAUCUAAGGAAUUCGCUGAGAACUGUUCUAGUUACGUCUCCACAGUUGUCUUGCAGGUACGCAAAGUUUAGUUGGGUGACUUAAAUCUUUCAAAAAAAAAUUAAAACUCAGGUCUUAUCUGUCCUCUCAUUAUCACAGAGCUUUUUUAUGUUUCUUAUUUUGAAUUUACCGUCCCUCAUUUUACCUGUUCUCCCUUGAGGCAGGAUGAUGUGAUUCCACGGUUAAGCACAGCUUCUCUUGCUAGAUUGAGGAAUGACAUUCUUCAGACUGACUGGUAAAGAUCCCUUUAGAAAUUCGACCUCUGUAAACGCAGGGUUUAACCUUCCUGUACCUCCGGGAAUGUAUUAUUAUUGAUGUAAGAUUAAAAGGCUGUGCGAAAAUGAAAUGGCAUGCUGCAUUUAUAUGAAUCGGAUAACUAUUUUCUAUUUUGCUAAAACGACCGUGAGUUCAUCAACGAAUCGGAUUGAUGCAUUAUAAUUGGGCAUUACAGCAGCCGCAUCAUUCCCACAGUUGGUUGGAUGAGUUAUUUUCCUUAUCAUUGAUAAAAAAUUUGUCUCGUCUAUUGUUUCAACUAUACAGUAUUUAACAAGUUAUCUGAAAGAAGAUAUUUUUGGCAUUGGUAAUAGCUUCUAGUGUGAUUAAACCUUUACCCUGACAAGGAACAUCUUUAAGAGUUAUAGACUGCUGUAUCCAACGGCACAUGCCUUAUUCAGCCAUCCAAUAAGAACAAGUACAAAUGGAAUUAUAAACAACUGUGGCGAGUUCUUCAACUUAUCAUAAUAAGGAUUGAUGUGGGGCGGGCCAUUUUCAUUUUAAUCAUAGUAUAUGCGAGGCAUUUUACCUAGUCUCUCAUUAAGUAUGUUUCUUCUUUCUUUCUUCAGGAGGAAUGCUUUGGAGGGGCAAGACUGGAAAAGUAUCGUAGAGUGGGUUGGAAAUGCCAAGCAGGUUGUAUCUUUAGUUCAAGAUGUUGCUCGGAAUCUCUCUGAUUAUGCCACUUUCACGAAAAUAUCAGAUUCAGGUUUGAUGCUUCCUCAUCUGCUCUGCUAAUUUUCCCUGAAUUAGUCAUGCAUAGAAUCACAAAAGAGUGACCUGAGAACUAGUUUUUUUCCAGAUUUUGUAAAAGGCUCAGAGGUGUAACGCUUGAAGAAAAAUUCAAAUAAUAAUGACAACACCAUCUUUAUAAUGCCCCAAAACAUUGUUCACAUCUGAGCUUGUAACCACCAAAACUUUUUUCGUUCCCGUGGUCCUGCUUUUCAAAGCUAGCCUGCUCGUGGAGUUAGAAUCCCUGGAGAAGUACUUGUUAUCCUCUUUAUGUUUUAUAUGUAUUGUGUCCAUUUGUGUGGUUAUUUCUACAAAUCUUGUAUUACAUGCAAACCUUAGAAGCUAAAUUUCAUAGAAGUCUUGUGGCGUUAUCAGAGAUCUUAAACCUUUAGUCUCCCAGUUGUAACCGGGUGACCAGAAUAAGCCCAAGAUGACCCUCCAACAUGGAAGUGAAACACUAUUCGCUGGUGCGAUGUAGCCUCUUACGGUAGUCUCAUACAGUCGACAUUCUAUUGGGGCAGACAUAUCCAAGAAGAGAGAAUCGGCUGAUAUCGGAGAUUCUCCAAAGCCGCGGAGUGAUGCUUCUGCCAUGAUUCCUCCUGAUGAAGCGACCCCAGAGGAGCUCUUUGUGCCGGGGACGAUGUACUACUUGAAGAGGACGGUCGACACAGGCGGCGGCAGCGGUGGCGGGAAGCGAGGAGAGUGUUGUUACUCGCUGUGGGAGAGGGAACCCGGGGAGCAUUUCCAGAAAAUUAUACUCUCAGGUAAUCUGAUUUCCGACCACAAGUGUGAUAGCCAUUACUACGCUCUCAGGGACGUGCUCAAAGGGCUCCCCGCUUCCAAGCACGGAGCUCGUCAUUAA